AUGAGCAGGAGAUGGAUACAGAACCCGAAUAGAUGCGCAAACGAAUACUUGGAUGGAAUCGAGGAUUUUAUUGACUUUGCACGUACACACAACUUGGGUGCAACUAGAAUCCAGUAUCCUUGUAGGAGCUGUAACAACACGUUGUGGGAGACAAUUGAAAAUGUUCGAUUUCAUUUAGUAAGGAAUGGAAUGAUUGAGACAUAUAGCACUUGGAACCAUCACGGGGACAAGAGUGGACAAUGUUGA